AUGGGUCCUCGAAGGAUAAAAAUCCUUCAAUUUGUAAACAAAAAGAUGCAACAAAAUCUUAAGGACGUAAAGUGUGUUCAUAGGCGUGUUCGAUUCAACAGUCCUGCAGCCGACGAUGAAAAAGCGACAAGACUUACACAGAGAGUGAAGACGUUCUACGUAGAAUCUUGGCCUGAAGUUCAUCUCAAUAAAGAUGGAAGUUUGGUCCGCCCCAGAUCGGGACGAAAUUUAGGUGGGACGCCCAUAACGGUUCACACAGCAACGUUGGUUAGAGAGAUCCUUCACGGUUCGACAGUCCACUCAUUUUGUAGAGAAUGGAAGAAGUCGUCAUUCACUUUCCAGGACCCCACGAGUCCCUACCCCUGGGGAUUACAAACACAGAGGUGCGGAUCGCGAGGUCUAAUUUUAGCAGUGCAGGCCUACGUAAUAAAACAGCUCAUCUUUGACAGAGAAUAUGUUUCAAACAUUCUUGCACAAAGUGCUCUGAAGCCUACCGAGUUUGAGCGGAAGCGGUCUUUGAUUGGCGCCCUCUGUGAGAUCCUAUGGAAAGCAGGGGAUGGUAAGCGGUGUUCUGUUUGUCUACUUCAGGACAAGAGAAGUUUCCCACAGGACUAUAGGCUACGGGACGACAAUAUCACAGAAUAUGUUGUCUUAUUUGAGUUCAAAAAGUUCACAGAUCUCUCCACGUUCAUGAGAAGGAAUAUUGAAGAGUUUACCUCUGACAAGAGUCCCGGGUGUAUUCUGUUUUUGUACAGUUUGGUCCUAUCUGCGACAGUCUUUAAAUUAAAGGAAGAGAUGUUGAUCACGAAUGAAACAAAUUACAAGCUUCUGAACGAUCGUGAAGAGUGCACACAGGCUCUGACGAAUCUGAUCAUCUCGGGUCACGCAUGUCAUUAUCUACACAAUGGAAACCUUGUCUACAGUCACAGUGGAAAUCUGCUGGCAACACCACUGAAAGGCAUCCAGGAGAGAAGUGAGAUCGGUUUCUUGUUCUGGGACAAAGGAGAAAAUGAUGACGAUAGGACUGAUGUAGGCAGUAUGUUGAAGACUCCAAAGAAACCAAUAUGGCUGACCUCAGUAAAUGGACAUCCUGGUCUGCUUUUCAGUACAAAUUUAGACCUUGUCAGUGAUUGGAGGGUUGAAACCAGGUUCUUCCUUCACUACUACACAGGACUUCCGGGUAUCCCAGCAUGUCCGUUGCAUAUAGAGACCAGAUUUGGUAGAAAUGCGCUGGGUAGAACAAAACUUUACAGGCGACAAAAGGAGGAAUCAAUACCACAGCUUGAAAAGUGUAUCAUGACAAAGUGGUAUGGUGCAGCUAUAGACUGGCCUGAUGGUGUGCUACCUUUCUAUUGACGACCAACCAAUCGCUUCUCAUCUAUGCAAUCACUGAUCAUUGACAUAUCGGCCUAUUAUAGGAGGAGACUGUCGCAACAGUUUUAUUUUUCAUAUUAUGCAUUUCUCAUCUUAAAAGACUAUCAUAUCAAUCAAAAUUUGUAAACAUACUCUACACCAGAAUUGUUUUAAAAAAUUGUUAGAUUUUGAUGAAAAUCUACACCAUAAUUUUUAUUAAAUGUAUAUUUAAUUAGUUUUGAAAGGAUAAUGGAAGACCAGCAUGAAUAUUUUCAAGAAAUGUUCGAAUUCGAGACUUUAAUCUUUUUUUUUAAAUGUAAUUCUUUUUACAAAAUGAAGUAUUGAUUAUCUUUUAAGAUAAAAUAAUUAAUAAACAUGAAAAACGAUAUAUCUUAAAGGAUAUUUUAUCAGUCUUAAGAGAGACGACUAUAUUCAUGUUGAUAACAGAAUCUAGUCAUAAACUCAAAAUAUCCACCAUGUGUACCUCAUUAUUUAUUCCCAUGCUGCUGUUAAGGAUAUUUUUAAGUGUUUUUUGCUAUUUAAGUGUUUGUGUGUAUAAUAAUGAUAGUUUUUAUAGUGAUAUAUACAUGUAUGCUUGUAUUUUCAACUGCAUUUAGAGUGUUUUAAGGAAAUUGACUUGUUGUAUAAUCAAAGUACAUCAGCAUUUGUAUUAUAUUCUUUACCUCAUUUUUAAACAAGGAUAUUUCGUACAUGAAUAUGUAUUUUAAUUAUGAGUUUCUGUAACACUUCUUCUUAAAAGUCUUAUCAAGUUGGAGUUUUUUUUAUCACUGUUGCAUUUAUCAGAAAAAAGACCCAUCAUAUUUAUGGAGAAUAUGAUUUUUGCUGGCAAUGUUUUACUUGUAAUUUACCUUAAAACGAUGCUCCUUAGUACAAUCAAAACUUUUUUUUUCAGUGUAGCAGUUCAACUUUCUAGAGAGACAAAAGUUACAUUUUUUAUAGGCUUAGGCUAGUGUUCAGUCGAAACAAACCUAAAUUUCUCUGAUUUUAUUACAUUGCCUCAACAAAUUUUCCAGCAAACAAUUCUUUCAGUGUUUAUGCAUUUUCAAAAACCAGUUGUUUGUAAUUUUGAGCCUUAUAAUAAAGGAUUUAUUUUUG